AUGAGUCGAUCUCAAGAUACGGUCAUAGACGACGAGGAGGAUACCUGUCCUCUCUGUAUUGAAGAGUUCGACCUUUCUGACAAGAACUUCAGACCAUGUCCAUGUGGCUACCAAAUAUGUCAAUUCUGCUUCAACUCUCUCAAAACCACAUACGAGAAGAGCACUUGCCCCAAUUGCAGACGGCCUUAUGAUGAAAAGACGAUUCAAUACAAGAUUCCGACCGCUGAAGAAUUCAAGGCCGACCAGGCAAAUAAGAACAAAAAGCAAAUAGCUGCCAGGCGCAAAGAAACUGAAAAGCGCGAAGUCGAGACUUCAAGUCGGCGAAACUUAGCUGGAGUACGAGUGAAACAACAAAAUCUGGUUUAUGUGAUUGGUCUUGUCCCUCAGACCAAGGACGAGUCAGCUUUACUCCAGACACUCCGCGGUCCCGAAUACUUCGGUCAGUAUGGUGACAUCGACAAGAUUGUGGUCAGUAAGGCCAAACCUGGCGCUCCAAAUCAAGGUGUUGGCGUGUAUGUGACGUACGCCCGAAAAGAAGACGCCGCUCUGUGCAUUCAGACUGUCGAUGGCUCAAUGAAUGGCGACCGCAUGCUCCGCGCUCAGUUCGGCACCACCAAAUAUUGCUCUGCUUUCCUCCGUGGCGAGACUUGCCAGAACAAGAAUUGCAGCUUCUUGCACGACGCUGGCGAGGACGGACAAACAAGCUCUCUGCAAGGUGAAGCACAUGCACCGAAACCAAAGUCUGCGACCAUCAUGGUCCCGCCUCCUCGUCCAGAGUCCACUACCCAUUCAAUAUCCUCGCAGCCCAUGGCCCGUCAAGGCAGCAAAGAUUCCGAGGGUCACAAGGACAGCACUGAUGCCUCAGCACUGCCAUCAAGUGCUAGCUGGGCCAAUGCCCCGAGUGCAGCAAAAGUUCGACGGACGAGCCAGUCUACAAGCCGAGACACACCUAGCCCACGUCUUGCCCACACUGCACCUACUUCACAAACCCAGCCACAAAAUCCAGAAGCCAAGGGCAAGCAAACUGCCGCUGCUCAGCCUGUGUCCGAACCCAGCAAAUCGAUAGCCCGGAGCAGUCUGCCUCCCACUCGCGCCAAGUCCAAGGCCCCAUCAAGUGACCCGAUACAAGCUCUUUUUGACCAUCUGCUGGAGACGAGCUCCCGUCCGUUCCAAUUCGUGUUCAGUGACGCCUGCCUGAGUGAUGAAGAAAAGGAAAGGCUGAAGGACUUCCCUUGCCUGAUCGACCCUUACGGAGGUGCCAAACGUCGGGCUAUGCAAGACAAGGAGGAGGCCGAGCGAGCCCGCCUAGAAUCCGAUGCUAAGACUAAGCUCGAGGCACAAGCCAAGUCUGCUGCCGAAGAUGCGCUGGAUGAUGAAAACAUGGGGGCAGGCAGCCUUGCACUCGGGGGUGAACCAGAAGACAACCCUCGGAGUUCAUCAGCCCGUGGUGCUAUCGGACGUCCCACUGCUGGUUCAGCAUUCAUGGCUGAACAAUUCGCUACCAUGAACCUCAACCCUCGCAGCUUGACCCCACAGCAGAGACAACAAAUGGCUUUGCUUUCUGGCAAUGUGCAACAAGCUCCUGGCCUCCAGCCUCCAUCUCAGAAUACUGCUUUCGAAAUGUCCGAUUUCGACCGCAGCGCUCCUCAAUUCAGCCAGGCCCAAUACGACCAAAUCAGAAGUCACCAGCGUCAUGGCUCACGGUAUUUCAAUUCCGAGACAAAACCUAGUGGCAGUCGCUUCCAAGGACAGCAGCAGUCGCAGCAACAACAGCAGCAACAGCAACAGCAACAAGGUUUCUACUCUAGCGGCGUCCAGGGUCCGCCUCCUGGCUUACCUGCCUCCGGUACACCACCCGUCAGCGGUGGAGGUAUGUUUGCACACGGACAGAAUUUUACCAAUCCAGGCUUCGGCGCUGGCAAGGACGCAAAUACAGAUUUGCACAUGAGGGGAAGAAGUGGGACUGGUGCAGGUCCAGAUGCUAAACGUGAGUUGCUCCUCUCUUUGCAAGAUAACCCCCUGCGUUCGCCUCCGCAAUCGUCCGCCCCUGCUCCUGCUCCCGGCCUCUUCAACCCGCUGUAUGGCCAAUAUUCGGGUGCGUACCAAGAUCCGGGACUCGUCAAGCAGAGGAAGAAGGGGAAGAAGCACAGACAUGCUAACACUUCCUCUUCAGGAGGUGGUGUCGAGCAUCUUGCGGAUCCGAGCAUUGUCCAAGCCCGCAUCCACCAAGGCCAGGGAAGCAACACCGGACAGGGGCAAGGGCUUUACAGCGGAGGCAACCAAGUGCAUGACAAGAAUUUCCCACCUCUGCCUGUCCGCACGGAAACACAGCCAUCAGUCCUCCACUCCAGGGUGUCAUCUUUCCAGAGCAGAUCGUCGACACCCCGAGUUCCUCCUGGUUUCGAAUCCCAUGUUCAGCCCCCAAUUGGCUCGAUCUCUGGAAGUGGUGUUGCCACCCCCGACAGAAAGGGUACACCAGUGGACUCAAAGAUCCAGCGCAUCGUCUCAACUACAGUCAUCCCCGCUGUUCCUGACCUGCCCAUCGCGCCUCGCACCAGCACACCGAAACCUUCGAAGGAUGUCACCCGAGGCAAGGAAGUCAAGGCUCCCAACGAUCAAGUGAUCACAGGCUCAGGGGGCGAAAUGAAUAACAGCGACAUCAGUCUAGGAUCUCCGAAGCCUCGUAUGCGCCAGCCUGCGCUCCCCGACAAAAAGGACCCCGUUGGCGGCCAGAACGAGGCGUUAACAACGUCGCCGGCCAAGACACCGCCCUCAAAAGCAUCGGCGAAAGCUUCUUCGAUCGGGCAAAAGAAACCUACGAAGAUCGACAUUCCUAUUGCUGCAAAGUCGACAGACGUGGACAAGCCCACAACUCCUACGCAAACUACAGCGCUAGAGGCCCAAAGUAUCGUGACGCCAUCAGCAACGGAGAGCCCCCGGGCAUCAACACCUGCAACCACAACUUCGGAGCGUGAGCGUGUCCCGGGUCCUCGACCCAAGACGCUUCGCUUGACUACGACGAAUACGACAAAGCCAGUCACACCUGGUGUGGAACAAGUCCUUCCCUCUGCCACCAUAGAGAAAUCUACACCAGUAUCCACAGUUACUGUACCUACCAAAGAUCCUCAUCACUUCCCCCAUCUUCCUUCGAGACAGCACUCGAUCUCUUCCGCUCCACGGCUAGACAAGGAUAGCAGACCAAGUACGCCGAUGUCUGAGCAAUCCCACCCGACCUCGACCACCCACUCUAGGAUGUUGUCGGAGGUAGCCUCACGGUCUAGCACUCCACCUCCCGGCGGGAGUAUUGUUGGCUCUGCACCCGAACGGGUGAAGAGCAAGAAUCAAUUGAAGAAGGAGCGUCGCGAAAAAUCCAAGGCCAAGGAGAAGAAACCAAUCCCGGAUCAGGUCCCAGACGGGAGCGUUGCACCGAGCCCUGUCAAAGGCACGCCGACCACUGAAGAGGUCGGGCCUAUCGUAUCCCGCCAGAAGAAACAGAAGAAGGAAAAGACCAAAAAGGUCUACGAUCCACCUUCAGCGAAGACGUCCAACGAUGCCAAGAAGAAGGAAGAGUCUCAAGAAAAGAUCCAAGAACAAGUCGAGAAUCAAGAAGCUACCAAGACUAAAGUUGAGGUCACUCCUGAGCCAGCUAUCAUUGAGUCUGAGACCCCGACGGAGCUAGAGCCCGAACGUGAGCCUAUCGAAACAUCGUACACUGUUGCCGACUUUUAUGCCGAUCUCGCCAAAGCCAAUGCUCCGUCCAUGCAAGCGCUACUUGCGAAAAAGACGGCAUCUUUUGACAAGAUCUUCAGCCAUCUUCUCGCUGACGGCGACAUCACCAAGGAUCAUCCCUUGCUCAAUCCUCCCAGUCUGACUUCCAAAGAAUACAGGCUCCCUGGAGAUAGUCGCAAGGGCCAGGAAUACCUUGAUGCGCAUGGGUACACCACGACUAGUGCCUUCGGAUACGUCUAUGUGCCACGCAGCCAGCGGCGUGAGCUGCUCGAUGGCAGUCAUAUCAAGAUUGGCGAGGAGGUGGCCGCCAACGGGAAAGAAGACCUGCUCAAGAACUGCCUGAUCACGCCCAGCGGGACAGUGAUGCGCCAUCUCACCAGCAAAGAAGCCGACCGCGCCAUUGAGCUCGAGGAUCGCCGGGCGUACUACCGCGAAGAAUAUGGAGACGACGUUGGAGGCAUGCACGCUCUCGAGGCGCGUCUUGAGAAUGAUGAUAAUAUCAAUCUGGAGGGCGGCCCAGAAGAAAUUGUGCGUCGAGGUGAGAGCAAGGGCGUUAUUUGGGUGUACGAGGAAGGGGAUGAUGACGAUGACGUUGACCCUGGAGACGAGACCGAGGAGGAGAUCUUGGAAGCGGGUGAGUACGAUGAUGAGGAGGAGGUCUGGGAAGGGGACGAUGAUUACGACGAUGACGAUGAUGAAGAGGACGCCUUCGAUCAUAGCACCAACGUCGCCCGCGAGCGCAAGGUUAACCUCCACGCAAUGACCCACGAGGAGCUCCAGAAACGCAUCGCGGAGACGCAGCGCGAGGUCGAUGCUUCACGCAGGGAGAUGGAACGAUUGGACAAGACCAUGGCCAAGGGCAACAAAGACGUGGCCAAGUUCCGUGACCGCACGUUAAAGAGCUUGUGA